AUGCCCUGCCUCAGCCUAAUUCUGACGGCCUUGUCAGCUGUCUGUACAGUACUUGCUGCUCCCAGUGCGACCUACGUCGAUUGGAAGACUUUCAAAUCCAACGGCGCCAACCUCGGGGCAUGGCUUGUCCAGGAGAAGUCUCUCGACACUGGCUUUUGGGACCAGUAUGGCGGCAAUGCCACUGACGAAUGGGGCCUCUGUGUUAAUCUUGGUUCCCGUUGUGGACCGGUGCUCGAGCAAAGAUACGCGUCUUUCAUCACCACAGCGACGAUUGACAAGCUAGCCAAGGCAGGAUUCAGCUCCCUUCGGAUCCCAACCCACUAUGCGGCCUGGAUUAAAGUGCCAGGCUCUGAGCUCUACUCGGGAAACCAAGUCAACUUUCUCAAGACGAUUUCGACCUAUGCCAUCAACAAAUAUGGCAUGCACGUUAUCAUUGGCUUGCACUCUUUGCCCGGGGGUGUGAACGGCCAGGGUAUCGGAGAAAAGGACGGGAACUACGGGUGGUUCAACAAUCAAACUGCUCUUGACUACUCAUACCAAGCCGUCGAUGCAGUGCUGAAGUUUAUUCAGAGCAGCGACAGCCCGCAAUCAUACACCUUGUCUCCCAUCAACGAGCCUAUCGACAAUCGCGACUUCUCGAAAUUCGGCACUCCAGAUGCUCUAUCAGAGUCGGGAGCCCAGUAUACCGCCCAAUUUAUCCAAGGCGUUCUCUCGCGGGUCGCUGCGGUCAAUGCCGGCAUUCCUGUCAUGUUCCAAGGAUCCUUCAGGAAGGAAUCCUAUUGGUCAUCCAAGUUCGCGGCUGGGAGUAACCUGGUAUUUGACACUCACAACUAUUACUUUGCCGGCCGACCCACUACUUCAGCAAAUGUUGGUGAUUAUCUCUGCGCUGACGCGAAGGAGUCAGCCGGAGACGGUAAAUUCCCUGUCUUCAUCGGCGAGUGGUCGAUUCAAGCUGCUACCAACAACACACUCGACAGCCGGAAGUCGAACUUCAACAAGGGCCUGUACGUGUGGUCCAAGUAUGCACAGGGAAGCGCACCAUGGACGGCGCGGAUGUUGGGCACUGCUCCUGUCGAUGGCGAAGGGACCCAGACUGAUUAUUGGAAUUUGGAGGCUUUGAUCGACCAGGGUUUCGUGGAUCCUGACUCUGCGAAUGGUUUCUGCCCCUAG